ACAUUAAUUAAUCAAUGUCAGACAAAAAUGUCAUUUGAUUUCAUAUCAUAUCGAAGUGGAACAAGUGCAUAUUGGUGGGUGCCGAAGAGUUGUUGAAUUUUAUGAUCUUGAUGAGAGGAAUCAUGUUAAUGUAGUGGAGGCGAGCGGUGCCGAGCAGAGGUCAACGGUGGCGGACGGCGGAGAGCGGCGUCAACACGCAGCAUGGGCUACGACAUCGGGUGGAUCAUCCCGAGGCUGCGCAACCCGGGCCGCCUGUGGACGUGUGCUAGCUCCAUCACGGUAGCGGUCGUUGGAUUAUUUAGUAAAAUUAUUAUUGAGUUCCUGAACAAGACGACGGUGCACAACCGCGAGGCCCUGGCGCGCGCCGUGCGCCGCCCGCCCGGCGUGCCCCUGCUCACCGUCUCCAACCACCACUCUUGCUUCGACGACCCCGGCCUCUGGGGCGUGCUGGAGGCGCGCACGCUGAUGAGUCGCGCGCGCAUGCGCUGGGCGCUGGCGGCGCACGACAUCUGCUUCACGAACGCGCUGCACGCGUGCUUCUUCGCGCUCGGCAAGUGCGUGCCCGUGGUGCGCGGCGCCGGCGUGCACCAGCCCGCCAUGGACUUCUGCGUGGAGCGGCUGGCGCUGGGCGAGUGGGUGCACAUCUUCCCCGAGGGCCGCGUCAACGUCGACAAGGAGAACAUCAGGUUCAAGUGGGGCGUGGGCCGGCUGGUGGCGGAGAGCUGGGCGCGCGGCCGCACGCCGCUCGUGCUGCCCGUCUGGCACGAGGGCCUCGACCGCGUGCUGCCCAACGUCGAGCCCUACCGCCUGCGUCUGCGCAAGCGUCUGCAGCUGCGCGUCGGCGAGCCCAUCGCGCUCGCGCCGCUGCUGCACAGGCUGCACUCCGCCAACGCCUCCGAGGAGGAGACGCGCCGCGUCGUCACCGAGCGCAUUCAGCUCGAGCUGCACCGCCUGCGCGACGCCGCGCGCGCCCUCCUGCCCGCCGCGCCCACCGCCCUCGCCGCGCCCACAGCGCUCGCGGCGCCCACAGCGCCCACAGCGCCCACCACCCGCCUGUGCAACGGCACGGAGCGCGAAAAGGACGCCUAGGCCGCGCGCGCACACAUAUCUUUCUAAGCACAAAUGAGGCGCAGACAAACUACAGAUAUUCGGUGUGAAGUGAGUGCAGUUCGGAGUGACGUCUCUCCUCCGUCUCCCCUCCAUCUCCCCCCGUCUCCCCGCGUCUCUCCCACGUCUCUCCCACGUGAACACCUCUCCCGAGAGUUUAGCUAAUUUUUGUAUAUUUUUUAAGGUCGGCGGUCGCGGCUCCAUCUCCGAUGCGAUGCCAACUUUUAUAUGACCCUUUGAUAUUUUUAUAGUUAUAUUUAUGUAUAAAGAAAUAGCAUCAUGAGGCAACGGUCGUUACGAUAAUUGUAUGGAGCGGUGCAGACAACUUACAUUUUUGAUGACGAUUGUAUUUAAGAUGCACAGUGAAAUAUGUUUUGUGAGUCAGCGGAGACGCGGCUCCACCUCCACCUCCGCCUCCACCUCCACCUCCGCCUGUACCGCUCGCUUUAAGGGUUCGUGUAUUUUAUUAAGGAAAUAAAUCAAUGGAUCUAUUUA